UAUUACUUAAUACUUUUUACCCAUUAAUAUUUUACUUCGCCUUCAUCAGAUUUGUUCUGCUCUGGUUAUCUAUACUGUUUUGCAGGCUAUAGUAAUUUCUUCAUGGGGACUGAGGAUCCAAACAACUGUCCUGCAUCUGAUAAUCUUGAAAGAGGAAUUGAAAAUAGUGAAGUUGGUGCAAAUGGAGACACUUCCAAACCCACUAAUUUUGUUGUCAGUGAAAGCAAGGAACCUCUACAGGAAAGUGAUAGUGACAUGGAUUUGGAGAGUGACCCUGGCUCACAAGUUGGUGUUGACUUGACUGGAACACCAUCACAAGUUGGUGUUGAGUUGACAGAAACAGUUGAGAUAACAGAAGAAGUAACUACGCUCGACUCUGUAGUACAUGCUGAGAAUGGACUUCUAAGUUUGCCUGACGGAAACAAUAGUAGUAAUCAGACAAAGGAUCAAGAUCAUGUCAGCACUCAGGAGAUUGGUGGUGUCAAAUGCUUAUCUGGAGUUAAGAGACCUCGAGCAACUCUUGAUGUUGAGCAACCGUCAGUGCAUGUCGUUUAUGAUUCUUUAACAAGAGAGAGCAGAAACAUGCUUGAGGGGCUGCUACAACAAUGGUCAGAGUGGCAUGCCAAACAUUAUUCUUCAGCACAUGAUUCAAGAGAACUGUUAGAAUCUGGUGAAGAGACGUACUUCCCUGCUCUUCAUGUUGGUUUGGAGAAACCUUCUGCAGUGACAUAUUGGGUGGACAAACAAGCAAGUAACAACAAGAGCGAGUUUAUUCCAUUGGAUGGCAACUCUAUUCCUCUUUAUGAUCGUGGAUAUUCAUUUGCUUUGACUGCAACAGAUAGUUCAACCAAUGUGGAAAGAGGAAUGGAAAUGAUUGAUAGUUCCCGAUGUUUCAAUUGUGGUUCCUAUGGCCACGCGUUGAAAGAAUGCCCUAAGCCUCGUGAUAAUGCAGCUGUUAAUAGUGCCCGUAAACAACAUAAGUCCAGAAGGAAUCAAAGUGCCAGUUCUCGCAAUCCAACUCGAUAUUAUCAAGAUUCUCCGAGGGGAAAGUAUGAUGGUUUAAGACCAGGUGCCCUGGAUUCGGAAACCCGAAAACUUUUGGGCCUUGGGGAGCGUGAUCCACCUCCCUGGAUUAAUAGAAUGAGGCAAAUGGGAUAUCCACCAGGAUAUUUGGAAGAAGACGAGGAUCAACCCUCUGGAAUCACAAUAUUUGCUGAUGAGAAAAAUAAGGAAGAAACAGAGGAAGGGGAAAUUCUUGAUAAAAGCUUUCCAAACCCGCCUAGGAAGAUGAGUGUUGAUUUUCCAGGUGUAAAUGCCCCAAUACCUGAACAUGCCGAUGAAAGACGUUGGGAAGCUGCGCCUUCGAGUUCGCGCUAUUCGAGAAGUUAUUCACACAACCGUUAUAACCAUGCACAAGACUAUGUCAACAGAGGGCAUUAUCAUGAACAGCGUCGGUCUAGGGAUUUUGAAGACGACGGACCUCCUGGUUGUGAUCCUGGAACUAGCCCCUCGUUGUCAAGCUAUUCUUACAGAUAUGGGGCUUAUGACUCACGAUAUUCAUCUCAUAGCCCAAGGGACAGUGCUUCAAUGCCAAGAAGCCCUAGUCUUGGAAGAUCCUUGUCACAGAGAGAGAGGAGAAGCCCAAUCGUCAAAGAUGGUUCCUAUCACCACAGUUUCUAUGGUUCCCCUAGAUAAACUCACUCUAGACAAUCUGAUUGAAUGAAGGAUCUAUACUCCGAUUCAGCAUUGUCUUUGCCAUCAUUCCAUCAAGUUUAAUGGCAUGUUUAAAGAUGUACCUAUUAUCUCCGUAUUCCCCUGCAAGUUAUUGAAAUAUUGUACAUGAGCUAGAUCUGGAAUGAGAUUUAGUGGAUAUGUUUAGUUCUUAUAGGAGUUGCUAUACUGGAACUCCUGAUCUGUUGAUGUUAUGUAAAAUAGCAGGUGUAUGAUUUUCUUUCAAGUCUGUUGAUACAGUUGUACGCCAUUUGGCAUUGCAACGUGCUUGGUCAACUACUAUGUAGCUGUAACUUACUUC